CCCGCUCUGUUCUUUCGCUUCUAAAGCGUCGCGAGCCCUUCCCCAGCGGCCGCACUUUAUCUCUUCGCCGCCGCAUCAGUUCAGCGUUAGCCUUGGGUCCUCCUGCCGCCGCCCGUCAGUGCCAUGGAUGCCAAGAUCGUCGCCGUGCUGGCCCUCGUGCUGGCUGCGCUCUCCUUCAGCGACGGGAAACCGGUCAGCCUGAGCUAUAGAUGUCCUUGCCGAUUCUUCGAGAGCCACGUUCCUAGAGCCAAUGUCAAGCAUCUCAAAAUCCUCAACACUGCAAACUGUUCCAUUCAGAUUGUGGCAAGGCUGAAGAGCAACAACAGACAAGUGUGUAUUGACCCAAAGUUGAAGUGGGUUCAGGAAUACCUGGAGAAAGCUCUAUACAAGAGGUUCAAGAUGUGAGAGGCGCAGGUUGGGUCAGACGCCUGAGGAAGCCUUACUGUAGGAUGCCAGGUCUAAAGCCAGUGUUAGGAAGGGCCCCUUGUGGUUUCCUUGAGCAGUCCAGACAGGACGGAAUGCGUUUCCCAGGGCCUUGUUUUGCACAAUUUGCCUUACUUUCACCAUUUGACUAUAUAGCAAAAUAUAUUCUGGGUUUUUUUGUUUUUGUUUUUGUUUUUUUUUUUUUUUUCAUUUAGCUUGAUUAUCCAAUGUCACUGGUGACAGAUAGGAACUUAGAAUAAAAUUAUUUUACUUGCUUUAUUAUAAUAUCUUUACAAUGAAGCCCCUGGUCUGACUAGGGGUUCCUGAGUUUUAUAUUCCUCUGAGCUACACAGGCUGGGACCCCAGACUGAGGGAGUCUUGCCUGCAUUAUCAUGUCCUGGGAUGGGGAGCCACCAGGAGGUGUCAGGACCAGUCAGCAUGGGCAAACCCUAGUGAAGGCAGCCCUGUGCCACAAGGGGUCAGGGAAGAUUACGGUCUAGAGGGCCAGGCAGAAGGUUCAUCCCUCAUCCAAGCGAGCAUCCUGGGGCUUCACUGAGCUGGGGCAGGUAGGAGUACAAGGCCAGGGUAGGGCCUCAUCCUGAGCUCUCCUCUACAUCUCAUCGCGUUCUUCUCAUCAUCCUCUCUCUCAUCCAUCAUCAUGUGCAUCUGAGACUGUCUCCAUGACCUCGGAAAAGGACUCUCUCAAGACUAAAGCUUUAAUUUAAACUGCGCACCAAGAAGCAAACCAAAAUGUAUUCCGUUACCAGGUCCAGGAAACACUGUGCAUCACUGUGUCUAGUUUGAAAUAUUGUCUGUUGUCCAAUCCUGUUUUCUGUUCAAAGCCAUUGUUGUUGGUGCUUCAUUGUCAGUUUCUCAUAUGCAGAGGCUGAGAGUGAAGAGGUGCCCCUUGGGCCUUUGUCCUGGCCCCUGAUUAGGGCUGUGGUCAUUUGGGAUGGAUAACCUUGUUUUCCCUACAAAUCACAAAACUGUGGUGGAUUCACAGAGCCCAAGGGAAUUCAGUUUGCAGCAGCAUUGACCUCUGAGGACACUGACCCUCAAAAUUUCCAUAGAUGUAGAUAUCUCAGAACUAUAGAGAGUUUUGUCUUUAUAGUGUUAAACUCAGCACUGUUUGGGGACUAACAGGAAUAACAAGAAAAUAAUUCUUAACUUCUUUUUAGUUUUGAAAACAUAAUCCAUAAAAUAAUUAGUCCUGGGUAUUUUCCUGUUUAAAAUCUAACCUCGUCUUUAUCACCAUUUGGCAAUCCCACCAUCUCUUACCUUGUACGGUGGCCCCUGGACCUUCUCUGCUGCUGCUGUUACCUUGUGCUUCCAGGAUGUCCAGCAGGGAAUUACUCUUGGAAAAUGAUGGGACAUGGAAAAGUUGGUUAAGAACCCAGAUAUUUGGGAUAUUUCCCUUUACUGAAGGCAGUUUGCAGAGUUAAACAAUUUAAAAUUUUUGCUUUUGAAAAAGGCACUAAGGAUUUUUUUGCUUGUUUUGUUUUUUAUUUGGUCUCACUAAUACUUAUCCCCUUUGAUUAAAGAUCCAGUUGUUUUUUUUUUAAUUAAGAAAGUGGAAAAAACAGAAGGGCAAAACAAGGAAAUGUAUCCAUUGGCAGAACACUGCUAAUAACAUGCAGAAAGUGUAUUGUAGUAAAACAAUCUUGAAUUGUAGGUGUUUUUAGAUUUAAUGAUCUUUGGGUUAUCAGUAACACAUGUUAGACAUUUCCAUAGUAUUUCUUAAAUUGAAUCUUCAUAGUGAUAAACCCUUCUGUCAACCAUAUAUUCAACCAGCUAUGCUAUAUUGAAAAAAAUAAAGUACAGAGGACUUUCAUUAGUUAUAAGGGAUGCAGAACUGGUUUCAAAACACUUUUUUAAAAUUAGCCUGUCACUACAUGGCUCCUGAAUUAUACAUGAAACUAUUGAAUCUUUGAUGGAAGUGUCAUUUCCAGGUAAUCCAAGAUAGUAAAAAAUCUCAUGGAAAAUUUGGAAGCAUCUUCCCCUGGAAUCCAGGAACCAGAACCAUUAAAUCUGUUUUACGCUGAGGAAAUGAGCAUGCCUUUAAAUCUUGACUACAGUUAAAUAAAGAAUCAUUUGUUUCUUCCAUAUAGGAGGAAAAAUAAGUAAGAGUAGAAACUGCAGGGAAAAUUACUUAUAUAACAACAAUUAUUUUAUGUGCAGUCAGCUCCUAAAAGGAGACUGACCUUCCAGCUAAGGCAGAUAUGCAUUUAAAUAGUUAAUUUGCAAAUAAAAAGGCUUUGCCUGUUGUUUUCAAAAUAUAAGUCAAGUAUGUCAAGUGAUUAGGUGUCACCCAGCUAUUCCUCCUGGUCCAGUGCUGCCACUACCUGACCUUCCCUUGGGCUCAGUGUAACCUCCAACACAGUCCUUUGCUACCAGCCUUUGUAUCACAUGAGGGUGGACUGGGGGAUUGGAACUCACAGGUGUGCUGUGUGUUAGAAUCUGAAUCUUUGCCCUGUGUUGUUUGUACUGUUCUUUGUCCUGCUCUGGCCAGAUGCUGAGACCCCAGCGAGGAGGCUCAGGAGGGGCCCUCUGCUCAGGAGGGGCCUUCUGCUUGUUCGAGCAGAGGGUCUGCAUAGCAAAAGACUGCAGUGCCCCUGUGUGAGUCCAGAGGGGGAUUUGAUUUCACCUUACUUUUCUGAAAUACUGCUUGAUGUGAUCACCAUGAGCUCCCUCACUGGGACUUCAUCACCUUUCUCAGGUAUCGUACCCUCUGAAGCUAGAUGAAAAUCAUCGUGGGGUACUGAUUCCUCUACACCUCUCCCCUGACCCAUUCUGAGGGAACCCUAACCCUGGGAACCAUUCCCAAGGAACAUCCAUGUCCUCUCAGCAGACAUAGCCAAGCUGAAAAUCCCCACAGGAAACUUGUUAUUCCCCAACUUCGCUGGACUCUCAGUCUCUGAGCAGUGAUGGGUUCAGUGUUAAAUGUGAUAAAUACUGUACUUUGUAUUGUUUAAAAUGCAUCUCCCAGAUAAUGUGAAAUUAGUCCAGAAGAAGGCAGCUUCCUGUAUGCAGUGUGCUUUUUUUUAACAAGUAACUAUUUCUUUUGAGAAACAGUUUCUACUUUCAUAUCAAUGAAAAAAUGUAUAUGCACUUAUAAUUGUUCUAAUAAAGACAUGUAUUCAAAUGUAGCAACCAAUAGAUUGAAAUUAGUAUUAGCAUUUGGAAUUUUCAAGACUUGUUUUUCUCCCUCCUAUCACAGAGAGGUAUGUAACUCUAGCUUCCAUGCUUAGUGGAAAACAGGCCAUUGUCAUGCUAAACAUGAGCGAGAAUUCUGGGGCCACAGCUGCCUCUCCUAGUUCACUGAUCCUGAGCUGGGAAAAACAUACCCUUUUUUCCAGAUGUCCUUGAUUUUGCUGGAAUUCCUUCUUAAAGACCAGACAGCCCUCUGCUUCAAAAAGGAUGGUUUUGUGCAAGGGCUUAGGUGUUUGCCCUACAGCUGUUGGGAAGGAGACCUCCACUCUGUACUUGUCAGGCUUAGUGGAAGGCAAACAGAUACCCUGUUGCUGAAAGUAGUGCUGAGGAUCCAGCACCUUGUGCCCUUCUGUCCUGCACAAGGGCCUUUCUGAAAGCCAAGCACUAAUUCUCUCAACUGCUAUCCCUCAGCACUAUCCUGGACACUGAACAGGUGUGAACUGGACAAACAGAUGUCAACCCUUUCAUACUUUCUACCACAUUCUUUCUGGUACACAGUCAACCAGUCUGGAAAGGAGUGUGAACUCACCACAACUGUCUGAGUCCAGGUAGCUCUGUUAUACAGAGUCUCUUUCCCACAGGCUCAAAUGUGACCAGAUUACCACUGUGCCCAGAAGCUCACUGUUAUGUAUAGGGUGACCACAGUGUGGUUGCUGAGCUGAAGAUGGGCUGAAGGAAGAGAGAAAGGUUAGAAGGGGCUAUAGUGAGAGCCAUCGUGGUGUCCUGAGAUAAGGGUGGUUGUGAAGAUUAGGAGACCAGUGCUUAAAUUCUUAUCUCUGCUCACUGUGGGAUUUGAGACACUUCCGUUGUCCUGAGUCUCAGUCUUCCCAACUACAACUUUAAUGCUUAGCAUCAUGAGGAGAUGUGAGGAUUAGACUGGAAGAGUAUACCAAGGAGUCAUUUGUCUCCCUCUCAACCUGCUGUUCCCUACAGUCCAUAGAGCUGGAAUCAGUUCACGCCUGCCUCUACUUAGACCUACAGCUAAGCUCAGAUACCACCUGGAGCUGCAAGUGAUUCCCUAUGAGCUUAUCACUCUCAGCUGACAGCUGGGAAGAAACCUCCUGGUUGGGGUCUCAUACGUUCCUUCAGUGCCUGGGUGUGCUGGUUCCACAUUCUUUACCAUUAUCUAACUCUAGGAAUUACCAGUCUCUGGGAAAAUUUUUCAGUGUGAUAUUGACUCUUCACGAUGAUGUUGCA